AUGGUUUCCGUACAAAGAGUGAGUAAUUGACUAUUAUUUAUAUUGUAUUUUUAUGUAUUUAUUAUGCGCCUAUAUUGUUGAAAAAAAAAAAUUAAGAAAACCAUCGAAAUCGGUCAAAAUUCCCAUGGUUUUUUCUUCAAGUCUCUUGCCGUUCGAAAUUACCAACACUCAAUUUGCAAUCGUCGUGGCCAAUUCUACAUACAAUUUAAUAAUACGUUAUUUUUCAAAAAGCUUUCAUUACAAAAAAACAAAAACCCUUCGCAUGUAUACCUAUUACACAACGGUAACAGUGCCGUGCUCGCUUAAGACAUUUAAAAUAACCUAGUUAAAUAAUAAUUGUCGACGUACGUUUAAAAUUUGCAUAACUUCAAUAAUAAGAAAUCGCAUAUAAUUAUAAUAUUAUUUUACAAAAUAUAUUGUUUUAUACGUUGAUAGGUACCAACAGAAUAUAGGCAUGUAGGUGUGCACGAAAAUAGUAUAGAAUAUGUUUUAAAAAGAAAAUGUUGAUACUGCUGAUGGGUGUGCAAUUUUUUUUUGAAGGAAAAAGGCCGAAAGUGAUGGAUACAUAUUAUAUCUCUACUCAACGAUAGGUAAACCAUUGCUGAUUAAAAACGACUCUGAGUAGAGUAUUAUAAGUCGUAUUUUUUCCCCUUGUUGCCAAAAUAACCUAUAGAAAUCAAUACAAAAUUGUACCAAAAAUUGCCAAUUUUUCCUGUUUGUAAUGAAAAAAAAAAACUACUAAGAAAAUCAAAAGAUUGCGGGAGUCAUUUUUUGAUACACCAAUAAGAUUAAAAAAAAAAAAAAAUGUUACAAAAGUUUCUAUACAAUUUUUAAUCGGGCUAAAAUUUCUGAUAGAAAAAUUGUUUACAAACACAAAAAAAUACAAUAGUAAUUCUCGCUUUGCUCCGAAUCAAAAAUUAAUUUAUGUAGGUACAAUCCGAUAAUUCGUUAAAUCAAUGCGGUUAUAAAAUCGAGCGGCAAACUUGUACCGGUAGUUUUAUUUGGUUUCCAAUAGACACUAUAAUAUUAUGCUCUUCGAUACCUUUUUUACUCCAUACAUUUAUUUAAAAAUAAAAACAAAAUACAAAUAAAAUAGAUAGUAUAUUAUUAACUAUUAAUAUUAUGUAUUUACUAUAAAACUAAGUUAAUUCGAAUUUUAGACGUAAAAUAAACACAAUAUAAUAAAAUUAAAACGACCAAUUCGUAUUUUUUAUCUAGUCCAACCGCGACGCGAUUAUCACGUUAUCCGUUUAACGUAAACAAAUAUGGAAAAUUAUCCUGAUUUCGGUAUCCGAUACUGUAUUAAACGCUAGGGAGUAACAUUCGACGUUCGGUAAACUAUUGCGAUUUAAUGAUACAGCACAACAUACAGAUAGGUACGCUUUAAAGAUCGUCAAAAACCGAAAUCGACGAGCUAAAUUAAAUAAACUUUUCGCUAUUAUUGUUGUUAUUUUUUCUCUUAGAUGAUACAAAAUCAUUAGAACCGCAAUAAACUAUAUUUUACGAAUGCACCUGACUACAGGUUAUUAAUCGUCUUCGAAAAUGUGAAAUCUAAUCGAUUUGUAAUUAUUAUUAUAUUAUAUUAUUAAACUGGCAAGGCUAUCGCGCGGGUAUUGCGUUAUCGACGCCGCCGCCGCGCCGCGGUAUUGUCGUGUGCGCGGGGACAAGCGAAUCUGACCGAUCGGCACGCAAAACCCGACGACCGUGGGGAAGGUUCCUAGUUUAUUUUCAUCCGGUCCGGUAGGUCGGGAACCGGGACACUAAAAGACUGAGCGCAACAUAAUAUAAUGUAUAAUAAUGAAACAUAUUCGACAAUAGGAAUCGGGUCCAAAAACGCAUGUACGCGCGGUCGAAACCGUGAUAUUUGAAAAUAAACUGUAUUCGAAAGUUUUUGAAACGUUAAUAUUUCCCUUCCGAUUAACUUCUGUCGCUUUUUCUAGUGUUAGUUUUCGAUUUCUAAAAAUCGUUCGUUUUCUGAAUCCGAUUUUUAAAUUGCCACUGCAGUCGCGAGUUGGUCGCAGAAGAAUAUCUUACGAUUUGUUUUUAAUUAAUAUUCGCGACUUCCGACUCCCGUCGAAUAUACCCGGGCACGCCACUGUAUUUCCUUCAGCGAUAAUAAUAAUAAUAAUUAUUGCAAUACGUCCACGGUACAGGCAGGCACGUCGAUUGCGGCACGCGCGCGUUUCGCGUCACCCGAUCCGUCGUCUUCGUGUCGUGUAAUAAUUGCUGUCAUACGACAAUACCGCCGAUACGUGUGCCGGUCUAUACCGCGUAUACCGCGUAUACCCGGACCCCGGUUCGGUAGACAGGCAGCUACUGCAGCCGAGCCUCGGGACUCGCGGACGUCGUGUGUUUCGAAACGUUUCGCGGGGAAAACGGCCGGUCAAUGCCGACCCGCGCAUUGUGGUCCGGGGACCCGUUUGUCCGUCGUCGUCUUUGGACGCUGUCGUAUUUUUUUUUUUUUAUUUUCUUUUAUUGUUCGCCCGGGUUUUAACCGCGAUAAACAACCGUUAACAACCGUCGUCUAAACCGCCAUAGAGCGCCGGAGAGACAAAAAACAAUUCGGUACACGCCAUCAACGGGUACGACGACGGUGACAACAGUCUGUUGCGCGCGCGGUACAAAACGAAAAAUGCAAAACGCCGCGGGCAAAUCGGACGUGUCGGAAAACGAAUCGGCUUUUUUGACAGUACAAGGCUUUUAUUCUUUUUUUUUUUUCCCCCGACAAUUUCGAAACGUUUUUCGGUCGCGGUGUUCGCGCGUUUAAUAGUAUCUGUUCAUAUUGUUACUCGCAUAAUAUACCUACCACCGUACACGCAGCGUAGUAUUGUAAGUUAUUCCCUACCUGUAUUACCCACCUAUUAUGUGGAAAAUCCGCGGCCGUCCGUUUCGUUAGGUAGUACUCGUACCCGUGCGCGUAUAAAUUUACAGGCAGUUACUAUUAUACAAUGAUAAUAAUAUAAUAUCGCGUUUUUGUGAUCGACGUUCAGUAUAGGUGUACAGUGAAAGCUCCGCGGGGGGAAUACGCCGCGGCGGCGGGGGACGAGCGGUUAGGUACAUUAUGUAUAUACGUACUGGUUUCGACGGCGAAACGAAUAAAAAAUAAUAAUAAAAUGGCAAUGUUCCAUACAGGUUUCCGACGCGAAUAUAAUUAUUAUAUUAUUGGAUAAUAAUUUAUAUAUUAUGUUAUAUUGUCGUUGCGUCCGCGAGACGAGAUCCGCUGCUACACCGGGGGCCGACGACGACGGACGUCCCAUAUUAAUCGAGUACGUUGAAACGAAUAAAAACCGUUUAUCGUUUUGCGUAUAAUUGAAUAGUGUUUUACGGAAUUUCGAAUCGUCGUUGAUCGGCCGGUUCUAAAUCUCUGGUCGUCACGCAGAGAACAGCAUGUGUAGAGGACUAGCGUCGAUUUUCUAUCGUUUCGAAUACGAGCGAAUUAAAUUUCGAUUAAAAUAUACACGCAGAUUUUUAAAAAAUACGUACGCUUUGGAUAAAAAAAAAAUAAAGGGAAUAACGGGAUAAUAAUAACAAUAAUAAAGAAAAAAAAAUACACCAAAAACUAACUUAAGUCCUUCUUUCCCGGGACCAAAGACAUAUCCGGAAAUCCCAGACGGUCCGCGAAAUCGACACCGCAAUGGCAGUAUUCGUUAACAGAUUCGGAAAGAUGGCCCGAAAUACUCGAAAAAACUAACCUAUGAAUACAAGAUACUAUAUUGAUACCUCAAUACAGACGUCUAUAUAUAUAUUAUAUAAAAUAUACUUGCACAAUUUUCGAUAAGAUUCUUUCUUGUUGACCUUAAUAGAUACCAGAGAUAAGAUACAUGUACGUACAUACGUAAAAAUUGUAAAGGAUGUUUAAAUGUAAAAAAUGUCGAUAUUAUUUAUUUUCAACAAAGUAUCAAAAGUACAUUAAAUUGUUGUUACGGUUUUCAGUUAAUAAAAUUUAAAACUUGUUCGAAUAGAUUAUAUAAAAUGUAUUUUCAUUUGUAUGUGCACUGUUAUAUAGUCUCUUUACGGAGGAGGCAGAUAAAAGAUACAAGAAAGUAAAACGAAUCUAAAUGCACGAUAUAACACAUGUACAAGUUGAUGGAUAGUCUAAAAUGUUCUCCGUCCAUGACGAAACUAACAUAAUAUCAAAAAUAUAAAUUAACGGCAACUAUCCAUAGUGAAAAGAUUAGUGCAAUAUAGUUUUAUUUGAAAUUCAAAUCAUAUUCACGUUUCACGUAUUAGUAUAUGUAUAUUAUUAUUUAAAACACAAGCAAACAGUAAAACCGAAUAAAUAACAAAUAAUACUGCCGGCGUUUGUUUUUGUAUUUUAUUUUUGUAGUAUCGGUAGAAGGCGUUUCCCAUACGACCGUACAUAAUAUCAAGUAGGUAGAAGUUUACUCGUCUACUUAUUUUUGUAGGAGUUUAUACACGACUAAUACAUUAUACAGGGUUGGGCAGUAUCUUCGUUGCAAGUAUCUUAGAUUCGAUUGUAUAUUUUUUUUCGCCGCGAUUUCUGGAAAAUAUCGGGUAUUUAUAAAUAUGAAUAUAUCAAGUACUGCGAUAUUCAAACACAAUGCAUCUAAUGUCGAAUAUCUAUAAAUACUAAUUCCGAAGUAUCGCGCCCAUCUCUGAAUAUUUAACAUUCACCGAGGAAAGCGAUUCGCCGGUUAACUAUAAUAUUAUAUCUUCGGUCCCGGGGAAGAAGUGCGAAAGUCAAUUUCGUUUAGUUUUUAAUACAGCCGAAUCGAUAUAAAAACCUAACCGAAAUAAUAUUCUUGGCAUUUAGACCGAAAUAAAAAAAAAGGGGGGAAAUUACAUAUAGCACACAAUUAUAGAAAAAUGAAAUGCCAAAAAAAUGAUGUCGGUCCUUCUUCUCUGCAGAGGACCAAAGAUACACGCCAUGAUGCGUAUCUUUGUAGACGAAAAUCGAAAAACUCGCUGCGAUACCGACACUCGACCAACGUCAAUGAGUGUGCAUCGUGUGUCUGCGGAAUAGUUUAGUAAAAAAUUAUAUUAAAUUUCGUUUCACGGAAUCAAAACAAACAUUAUCGUCACCGUUAGCCGAGCCGCGCAAUUCAGCGCACACCAUUACUAUUGUACCCGCGUUAACGAUACAGUAGAAUCGACGUGUCCGACAAAUAUUUCGAAAAUUUGUUUUCUAUUAUUAUUACCUAUUUCUUUUUAUUAUUAUCGUAUUUUUUUAAUCGCCGCGAACCAUAGAGCGAACCGGUCGCGUUAUCGUUUCCUGUUUAGUGCCUAACGCACAUUAUGCAGUGCCUAGCUAGGUAACAAUGCUACUAUUAUUAUUAUUAUGCUUGUACUACUUCUGCGGCGGCGUCCAUCUCGGUAACGAACCGUUCAUUUUAUCUCGUUAUAUACCUACCUGUAUACAUAUUAUUGGGUGUUAUUAUUCCAGCUGCAGUAGGUAAGAAUGGCAAAUAUUUUUUUUUUUUUUUUUUUUUUUUUUAUUUACGAACCAGAACUAAUCCGUGACGGGCGUCCUUCGAAAGUCAAAAUAUUAUAAAAUAAUAAUAAUUCCGAAAUGUACGAACGCGAACGAAAAUCACACCGACUAAAUAAGUACCUAUCUAUAGUUAUACAAAUAUAAUAAUAGGUAGUAUUACAGUACUCGUAUUUUCGGCUUUAAUUGCAAUUAUAAAAAUAAUAAAAGCGAGUUUUCGCGAGUUUAAAAUAUAAUAAUAAUAUUUAAAAUUGUCAAAACCAUCACGACCGAACGGUCUCUGAUUUUUCGAAUCAAGAAUUCCGAUUUUCUGAAUCGAAAAAAAUAUGCGCAAACGUUAUACCCGUCGGUUGACGGUUUCCGAAUAUAAUACGACAACAUACGAUUUAUUAUUAUCUGCAGUAAAAUGAUGGACGGACCUUAUUUUAUUAUUGAACCGAAUUCGUUAUUAAUUUUGGGCGUAUAGUUUUGUAGAGAAUUUAGAGCUUUAUAUUUCAGACCGGUCCAUAUAUUUCGAUAAAACCAUAGUUUUCGAGUUAUAAAUGAAAAACUCCGAUUUUAGAGCUGUUUUUUCAAGACGGAGGAGGCUUUUUUUACGGUUUUAUUUUAUUUUGUUUUUUUUUUUUUGGAGGGGGGGGGCGUUUAUAGUGUAAUUCCGGGCGGCUAUAUAAAUCACGUGUUUGGGAUCGGACCCGACGAGUAUCACCGGGUUUUCCGGCCAAUCGGAUCGUGAUAAUAAUAACAGUAAUAUAUAUCAUCACUCGGCGCCUAUAGUAUUGUACCCUCGGGGGUUUCUGUGCGCCGUCACGCGCGAAUUUAUACAGUCGCGUGCCCGUUUGUAAAACGACCAUAAUAAUAAUAAUAAUAAUAAUAACAACAACAUUAUACUUACUGUACCUACUCGACAAUAAUAAUUAACAGAAUAUAAUUUGCGGCCGUGACACACACACGGUAAAUAACUCGUUACGAAACGCCCGGCGUACGACCGUCCGGGCCGUUUCGUCGUCUGCUCAUCCACGCGAACGCGCCCGGUCCAAGGCUGUUUUUCUUCGCCGUCGUUGAACCGGGCUAAACAGUUUUUGGACAUUGUCCGACGGAGUUGGCUCGAUACGACACGCCGACGUUGUAUAACAACGAGAAUCGAAAACGCCAAACCGACACGGCGGUUGUGCGGGCUAUGUAUAGGAAAAGGAGGGUGACGGACGGGCUUUCAUCCCUGGGGCCGGAUUAAGCCCGAGUACGGCUCUAAUAGGCACGCACGUAUGGUGUAUUAUUUGAAUAGCACUUUUUAAUGUCGCCUAAUGAGACCUUUCGGUAUUUAUGUUCUGAACACAUUAUGUCAUACUGACUGACUUGAGCCAUUUAGAAAACCAUUUUUACGUUGAGCCGUUAGUAGAUAUUUAUGCGCCGUUACGUUAUUUAGCGAUUUUCAAAAUUCGAUUUUCUUUUAUUGAUAGCUUAUAAGUAUGGAAACUAUGCAAAAUCGACUUGAACCUUUCUUUCUUGGGACCGAAAAAGUAAUAUUAUUGUAAUCAGUCAGAUAGUACAGUAAAAUUUCCAUACAACGGUCAUCGAAGGGUCCGGAAAUAAUGACCGCUAUUUAGAGGGGACUGUUCUUAUUAGAAGUUUCCUAUAAAAGCAUAACACUUGACAGGACCAAAAAAAAUGACUGUUACACAGAAUUUACCGUCUUUUAGAGGUGGCCGUUAACUGAAGUUUUACUGUAAUAAUAUUGUUGAAUGUAAAUAUUAAACACAUCAUAGUAUUCGUUUUUGUCGUGUUUGUCCUAUUCAGUAGCGAAUUUAAGGGGGGGGGAGGUUAGAAAGAUUUAUCACCCUUAUCACUUAGAAGGUUAGAUUUUAUUACCUAAACAGUAAAUAAGCUUGGAUUUUAAAGACGAUUUAACGGCAGACAUAAAGUUACGUAAAUACAUAAAUUCAAUUUUUUUUCUAGCCUCAGGUUUGUAUUAUGGCUACAUAAUAUGACACAAUUUUCAAAUUCAAUACUCCCUCCUUAUUGGUAAAAUCCUAAAUACGUCGCUGACCGUAUUUCAAGUACACGAAUACCAUCGGUAUAAGUACGACGCAUGCGUUUAUAAAUAUGAUUCGAUUAUUUUUCACGUUUACUUAUCCUGCAACUACCGAUCAUUAGCCUUUUUUUAACAAUUUAAAUUAGCAUGCGUGCAGCCGAAUGUAUUACAAUAAUAUAAUAUUUUUAUCUACGGAAAUAUUUAGAAAAAAAAAAAACACGAAUUGUUGUUACACAAUAAUAGACGUCGCUAUACAGGCGCAUGAAGUAGUUAUCCUUUAUUUUUUAUUGAGAGGGCGAGUCCAAUAAUACAUCUAUGAAGAAUAUUGCGCGUUGACCGAUUAAGAAAUUUACAUAAUUUUUUUAUUUUAAAGUCGCGCGAUAUUUAUGUAUAUUUUGAAAAAAAAAAACACAGCCAUUAAUUCUACGGAGUUUAUGAUGGUAUUAAUUUCGAUAUUAUAAAAAACGCGUUUAACCGUAUUUCCUGUACACGACUACAUGUAUAUAAACAUAAUUUUUUCCGUGAAACAACCUCUUAUUAUUACAAAACACAUUUAACGCUUUUAUAAAACAGUUCGUUUGUUCCUUUUUAUCGGAUUUUCACUAAAAAUAAAGACUAUCGGUGCGAUGUAGUGCGUAUACAUUUACCACUACUUUCGGACACUUAUAAAAGUUCCCUCAGGACCGAUUCGCCUCUAAUUAGACAAUUAGAAUUGUUUUAUAGGCUAAUCGAACCGAUACGAUUUCGGUUCGAUUUAACCGUGAUAUUACGGAAGGAGGGAAUUUGUUCGGUCAUUUAUUAUUUUGCAAAUACUAUGAUACUAUAUGACUAUAAUAGCGGUACGGAGCUUCGCUGCAUACGCGUGUUUUUUGAUUUUUCGGCGGUUUUUCAUUUGACCGCAUUCAAGACCGAAAAUUAAAGUCCGGAUUAUAUAAUAUAUUAUUUUAACGUGUUAUCGUGCAGUCCCAAAGGACUCGUAUGUACCGUCGAUUGAUCGCCAUGAGAUUCUUCGACGCGUUGGUUUUUUAUUUUAUGUAAUCGGCUUUAAAAAUAUAUUUUUCUCUGAUAUAAAUCGUAAUUUUUUUUUUUUUUACGGUCUCGUAAACGUUAGUUUUUACGUGAUUUAUGGCACAAAACGUAUAUUUUUAUUUCUAAUAAUAUAAUAUUAUACUCGUAUAUUAUUAUUUAUAAAAUAUAUUGAAUACACGCCCUGCUAUUUACGGGAUGGCAAAUGCAUGCAGUGAGUUCUUCCUGGUUUCGGACUUAUACGGCACUCACGGUAGGGGGUAACCUGAGUUAUCGAUAAAACGCAGAAAAACGAAAGAAAAAACAAUCAAUCUAUGUCCGUGCGACGAUUCUGUAAUCAGUUGGAUCAACUGAAACCAUCAUUGCAUACAUCUUCUCAUAUUUCUCCAAUUAUCAAGAAAACUACAAGGAAAAUCUACUCAAUUAGACAUGCUCCAACUAGAAAACAUAUACUACCGGAAAUCAUCCUUUAGGGCUUUAAGUAUAACCAUACUUUAGAGUGUAAUAAGGUUUCUUAUAGAGAAGUUGUUCACAGAUAUAAAACAUUAAUUAAAAAAAAGUACAAAUCAUAUUAUAGGUAGUAAAACCAACACAUUUUUUUCUUCGCUCAGAAAAAUAAUCUUUUAGCCAAGAUUCGUCCGUAAUCGUUUUUCUCUCUCAGUGGUCUGGGGAACCCAGAUGGUCACAGCACCGACUUCGACGCGAGACAUAGAGACUUUUAAAACGCAAUAAAACAGAUUAAGUCCGGAUUUUUAAAUUUCAGUUUCUACGCUUGAAUUUUGAAUUUUAUGUCGAUUACUUCAGAUUUCCACGCGGUACAGAGUAUACGUGUGCGACAAAAAUUCGCUUUUUUACUAGUCUCGCGCUCAAUCUGACGAAGACGUUUCCCAGCCGUUUCCUUGUCGUUUUCGAAAACUCCCUGACCCAUUUAUUAUAUUUGUCAUAAUAAUAUAUUCUGGGCGUGCCAUAUAAUAUUAUUAUAAUUAUUUGUCGCUCGUAACAUUAUGACGAUGACACGUUCGACUGUAUUUCAUAUUAACAAAGUAUUUCGUUAUAAUCUUAUAUAAUAUUAGUCGUGAUCGAUUCGCUCGAGCAAUCAUACGACGGGUUCGUCCAGUGGUAUGCGCUGGGGGAGGUUAGGGGUAACCUAACCUACUCGCAUUUAUUUAUUAUACUUAAUUAGCCAAGUUAAAAUAAAAUAAAACUUGAUUUAUUGAUUAAAAAUUGAAUUUUCGGCUUUUGAAUAUUCCCAAAUUAAGCAAAUUGGGUAGAGAAGAAGAGUCUACGGUGAUAUUUAGGAAUUAAUUAUUCCCUCCCAUUGAAAUUUAUUGGACACGCUACUAGAUUCGUAUAUAAUAAUAUUUAUAUUCUAUAUUAAUAUACAUAUAAGUAAAACUUCAUUUUAACCUCGAUUCAUCAAAUCAAUUAACGAACGUGCGAAUACCUGUUUCAGUCUAACCGAGCAGUCAAUAAUUCAUUGUAUUCACUCAUUUAGAAAUAGUUUCUACUUUGGGCCAUUUUUAGCGAUGCGUAUUUGUGUCAUGAUUGCCAAUAGAAUCAUAAAUGAACACAUUUGUUGUAUUUAUUUCAGUGCUUCAGUUUAUUGAGAACGUUUAGUUAAAUCGCUUCGUUUUGAACGAACCUUGUGGACGAUUCGUUAUGUACAAAAAAUACCUUCGGCCGAAUUUAAUCAGUCUAAAUAAACUGCAGUAUUACAGACACGCGCGAACUCCGCCUUCCCCGCUUAAAAUAUAUAAUAUUAUUAUAAACGAGAACACCACACUAUACGUCGUGCAAAAACAUACAGGUUCAGUGUUUACAAUGUAUAAUACAAUAUUAUACUCGUUAUGAUACAUAUAUAACAUAAUAUAUGCCGUAAACGCGAAUAGUAACAAUAAAUACUCGGCGUGUUUUCUACUUUCGUUUUUGGCGACAAACGGAUUGUCGCCUACGUAUUUUCAAUUAAAUUUUUACUACAAUACUCGCACAUAAACGUAGGAAAUGCCCAAGACGGAAAAUGUUACGUGAACAGUUUUCUAUACGCGGCACCGUCGCGAGUUUUUGACGAUUUUCCUGUAUUGAACGUCUCUGUAUAAUAUUACGAUAUAGGUAAACGUGUUCCGUGCAAUAUUAUUGUACUCUCGUAUCUUUAUAUUAUAUACGUUGUAUAUUUUUACUUUCCGAAUUCAUUUAUGUAUGUAUAUUAUAAUGUACUUCGGAUUAUGAAAUCUAAUAAUAAAUCAAUGAAAUGAUCCCCUCCCCAGAGACGUAAUUACGGUUUUUAGUACGUAGGUACCUGAUGGGUGGCGAAACGAACGCAGUCUAUGAAAAGCGGUCGCUUCUCGAUUUUAUUUUAGAUUUAAGCUGGUGCUUAAUACAAAAAUAAUUAAACGUCGAUACCCCGUUUACUACUAAUUUAGUAAAAAAUAGGUAAUGGGAAAUAUUGAUGGGUGAAUAUUAGGUUGGUUAUAAUAUUUGUUUUAGGAAUACGUUCGCUACUGCACCCACACGAUAUAAUAAUGUGUAAAAAUCAUCUCGCUAUAUCCUCUUAUUGCAUGUUUAUUUGGAAAUCUUGAACUUUGAAAACUGACUUAUCAUCUUCAUCAGUCCCCGUAAAUACGCCACUAAUUCCUCUCCCCCCAACACGACAAUUUCUUUUUCAAAAUAACAUAUUAUUUGUUACAAAAUGUUGAAAAAUCAGCCUCCUACCACUCCUGCCCACAAAAUCAUUUCACCGCCAUCACUAACAUCGUCUAUGCUCGAUUUAAAAACACACGUAUAAUAUCUGAUAAAACCGUAUAAUAUUAUCGCGAUUGAAACUCGCGCAAUUUUCACGAUUUUUUUGCGAUCGUAACAACGAGCGACUAUAUAAUUAUAAUUUGUUGUUAAAUCGUGCGCUCCAAUCGCGUGUACCUGCCGACCGCGUGCCGUACGUGAAGUCCGUACGUAACACGCGCGCGCGCGUUAAAAUAAUAAAAUGUUAUUUAUUACCCAUCUAUACAUACGUGUAAAACUACUUAGGUAUACUUAUUACGCUCAUGUUGCCCGCGAAUAAGUCAUAAAUGUAACGAGUUCGUUGAUAAUCGUAUACAAUAUGCGGCGGCGGCGAAAUCGGAUCGGCGAAAGUGUCGAGAUCACAAGAGAUUUCCGGCAGAAGAGCAAAACCGCGGGCGCGGCUCUAUACUUGGCGAUUUUAUCAUCGCAAUCAGUUGAAAAUUACGUAAAGUCUCGUUACGCAUAAUAAUAAUAAUGUGUCUACCUGUAUUUUUUUUUUCUUUACGCGCGUUCGUCUAAAACGCAACUCGUUUGCGUAUGUAUACACAUUUUUUUUUUGGAACGUUAUAGAAACCGUUUUUCCAUAAAAAAAAAAAAUAAUAAUAAAAACAAUAGCAGUUUAAAUUCUGGGCAUAGGGGUGCGCGUAAGUAAAUCGCGAGUUCGUUAUGUAAUAUAAUAUAAUUCAUUUUUUUAAGUAGAAAUGUUGAACAAAACCAAAAAAGAGAAGGUUAAAUAAUAAAACACACUCGCUAAAUUAUUUACUGAACUGGUCUUGUAUUUAAUUUAUCACGUUGUACAACUUAACGAUGUAAACAACGGCGAGAAUCGAGGAAUGUACAAAAUAACGUGCAGUCUACAGUGUUAUAAACUGCAGUACUUUGCUCGCUCGUACUUUUCGUAUUUCCCAAACUGAUUCAGCACUUUACACACCUAACUGCUGUAUAACACGCAGCGGUAUUAUAAUAAUUAUGAAGUGCAGUUACCUACAUAAAUCAUUCCGGGGAGGUAAUCAAUAGAGAACUUGUAGCGUUCAGAUCGAACGGACGCGAGAACGAUUAAAAACGGAACGUCGACGAUGAUUAGCCGAAAAGAUUGAAAAUUGAUUUUGUUUGUUAUUUCUUUUGCCAGAGAUAAAAAUACGGGAACAUAAAUAUUGUUUUAAUGAUAUUAAACGCGUUAAUAUUCGCCGUCCCGAACGAUUUUCCGUUUUGUUUAUCACCUCUGUGAUUGGUUAAUACGAACAAAAUGAUCGGUAACCGCGUACGGACGUUGUCGGCGACGGAGUCACCCGCACACCAAUAAUCCAGCCGCGCGCUUAUACCGGGGAGACUGUUUUGCAAUCGUCGCGCGUGGGAGGGCUGACCUUUGGAAUUUACGCCGCGGCGACGUAUUUAUACACCGGUAGGUACUAUAACCCGUGUUACAGUCUUGUAGAUGGGCUGCAGGUUAAUACCGGUAUUCGUAUCGGUAUACCGCGGGGUCGGUAUGUUGUUAACACGAUGGCGGUAACGCCUUCGAAAGCGCCGCCACCGCUGUGUCCGGAGAGCGGGGGCGCGGGCGCCGCCGCAGCGAACACGUGUAACGGACAGGUGAAAAAAAAAAGUGUAAACAAAACGGACAAGACGAAUGGAAAGAAAGAUAAAAAAAAAAAACCUAUCGUUACGUCGGAUUCUACCGGGGUUCGGUUUUUUUGCACAACUCCCGCGCGACCGGUAAUAUUGCGUGGAGCCUACGCGAAACCUAACCAUUGCGUUUCGCGCUGUAUUACUAUUAUGUAGGCAUCGAGUUACACCCACAAUUUAUUGUAAUUUAAAAUAUUAUUACUAAGGCCCGGGAUCCCAGUGAAAAUUACGUCUUUUUUCGAGUGGUAUUUAGACAAUGUUUUCCGAGUACAUGAUUCGAUUCGCGUAACAGAGGUGUAACUUUUAUUUUUUCAACGUUUUUUUCUUAGCAUUUUCCGGUCAUUUCUUUUUCUUUUUCUAUUUCAUAUCCGUACAAUAUUUAAUACAGUAUUUGUACAUAAUACGACCUAAUAGUUUAAAUUUACCCAAUUCAAAAUAUUACCCAUGUUUUUCGGGGUUUUCAGUCAAUCGGUCAAAUGCAGCGUUUUUUGUUUUUUUUUUUUUUUUUUAUGGCAUUUUUCGACGAUUUUCAGUGCAUUUGAUUCCAGGCUCUAAUUAUUAAAACGAAAAUUACCGUACCCACCGCGAUAAUCCGGUAGUGCGUACUUAAUAAACAUUAUUAUAUUAUAUCACUAUAAUAUAAUUAUAAUAUUAUGGGCGUAUUAUUAUAGCAAUAAUAUAAAACGGCCACCGAAUUUCCUCGUUUUGUGGCGUUAUUGUUGAUAUCGGCAGUAUAGAUAUUGUAAAUUACACGCGCAUUUCAUCGGAAAAUUUAAUAAGAAAAAAAAAAACAAACGAGUUUAGAUCGAUUUCCGCGGACGAUAAUCGAUUAUUCACGUCUCAUAAUGUCAUACCAAUACAAUAUACGACGGCGAUGCGAUUACGGAUGUCUGAUUAUUAGGUUACACAUUUUAUAAAGCUAGGUGAAUAUGUCGACGAAAAUUUCAUACACUAAAAAGUAAAAAUCAGUUGACCGCGAAUAGCAAACACGGACGAAAUCCAUACUGCAGACCACGCUGUCCCGUUUUUUCAUUACGUCUUUCGCACGACGGGAUCACAUAUCCGGUUAGGGGCGACCAACCGAGAGGGAAAACAAAUCGACCGACGGGUCAUAAUAUAUUAUUAUCACGGUAACUAUAGAUUCAAAAUCCCGAACCGCAAAACCUCCGGAACAUUGACGAUCAGAACAAGUCUUCUGCGGCUCGAAAAAUCGCGUUCGCAUCAUCCGCAGUGACGUAUUAACGAGAGCUGGAGGGGGGGGGGGGGUUGACGAAUUAACGCAAUUUAAACGGCUAAGUCAAUUCAUGAAAAUCGUGUCAAGCCCAUUAAGAAGUUGAAUGCCCUGGGGGAGAGCAUGAUCGCAAACCCCUACUCUCCCCCAAUAAAUACGCCACUGCGCAUCGUAAAUCAAAGUUUCUAUAGUAAAACCGUACACGUUUCUCGCCCCGGCCAACAAUCUAAAUUCAUUUAUUUUUAAGUAAAAUUUUAUUUCAGUAUCGAUAUUUUUUUUAUGAUCAUAAUGUGCACGACGUCUCCAAAACGGAGGCGGUGCGACCAUUUAAUCACGAUUUACUACAACAUUUGCCUAACGUUUGCUUUCAGGUGUUGAUCGUAUUGUGCGCCGUCCUCUGCCACCUGAUGAUCGCGUCGGCUCAGUUCGACUUCGGCGAGUUUCUGGCCAACGCCGAAGAAGCACCGACCCGCGACCCGAGACAAAACCGAGGCGAGUCGACAAGGGAUUGAGACACAUGACGAACUUUUCGAACUAACGGUUUUCCUUUUUUUUUUUUCACGUAGGACCCGUCGUGUUUCCCGUCACACAACCCGGUUCGGAGACGAGCGGCGUAGUAGUGGGUGCUUCCGGAUUCGGAUUCGUACCGCCCGGCGGCAACAAACGUAAGUGUUGAGGCGCCUUUGCGUAAAUACCUAUAGCCGUUGUAAUGGUGCAACACGGAUUUAUGCGGAAGUCUAAAAUUAUGUAUGCGGUCGAUAAAAAAUAUGGGUUGUACCCGUGGUUAAAAUACACGAGGUCAUUGCAUAUAUAAUAUACCCCAUCUCAAUAAAAUAUAUUUGACGAUAAAAACAAAAAUGACAGCGUAAAGGGAGCCGAUAAUAAUCAGCUAUAUUUACAUUUUUUUUUUCAUAGUAAAGACAAUUAAUAUUUACGAUAUCCCUUUACGCGGCCAUUCUGAUCUCUAUAUUGAUAACAAUCCGAGUAUAUAUGCAAUAACGUUGUAUAUUUCGACCAUCGGUCGAACCGUUGAACCACGAUUUCCGUAUCGCCUUUAUAGUCUUGCAAUUCUACGGACUAGCAGUCGAUGUAAAGGCGCCUUUUGGGAUUUGGGUUGGCGGUUUUUUUCCACCGCGGUAUACGGUCACGUCUGUAAUACAAGUACCGUGCGUAGUUCGGUAAUCGGCUUUUAAUCGGUCGGUUUUUCACGUUUAAACGACCCGGGACUAUUAAUAAUAGGUAUACGGAAUAUUAUUAGUUUGCCGAGGUAUUCCUCACGGACGUGCGAUAUCUGCGUCGUCGUAACGUAUAACGUCAUUACCGAACAUUGCGAUAUUUCAUUUACGAUCGGUCGAUUAUCGGCGCGUUGUGAAAACGGUUUUCACGGACAGAGUAAACAAGCGCUCGAAAUCACAAAAGAAGUUUAUGUAUGGUAGAAUUUUUUUUAAAGGGACAAUAGCCAAUUCUCAUUUCAGAUUUCGAGCGUAGAGAGGGGAGCUAUGGAUUUUACAAUGCUGUUUAUUUUUUUUUUCCUAGUAAACUUGCUCCGAUGUAUGAGUGUAGCAACUUUUCUGAAAGCUAAAGAGUUGUCUAGAUGGUACUUUAGAAAGGUCAUUAUUUGAUUUUCGAUACCAUUUACCAGAAAAAAUGAUUUACUCGAAAAAUCACUAGAUACUUUUUUUGAUUUACUUUCUUACAGUAUCAUCGCUAAAACUUUUAAGCCACUUUUGAGUUUUUAAGGAAUUUUAAUAUUUGGGAAUUUUUUUACUGUAAUUCGGUUAUAAAUACACGUAGAAGUUUAAAACUUGAUAAUAUUGCUUAUAUUGGACAUAUCUAGACGUAGUAAAAUUUCCAAUAUCAUUGGACGAUUUUUUUUUUUUUUUUAAUAAGCUUUUGAAAUCAAAUUUAAACCAAAAUCGGCAAAAAAAUAUUACGGCACUUCAAAUUAUACCAACAAUUAUACCAAUAAUAAUAUCAACUAAUGGUUUAUCGUUUUAUCGUUGUCUACAGAUAUAAAUGAAAUAACCUUAUGUAUCCUACCUUCCCAAUUUCUCAUUUACAACAGUGGCCGCUCCCGUCCCCAGUAUCAGCCCUUUUUUUUUUUCUGUUGUAAUACGAAAAACAAAAAUCUUCCCGUAGAAAUCCGUCUUACCGAAUCGGAACCGAGUCAAAAGGGUAAACCGCGAAUAGGAAUGGUCGAAAUUCGGAGAUUCUAAAGCACGCGCGAUAGAUUUCAGUCCGUCUCGCGGUCGGGUCGGUCGGUCCGGUCGGACCUAGACCCGUCAGAAGCGAUAUUAAAUAGAUUCGAUGUAAAGGGGGACUCGAUCCGGCCGGUACGGGUGUCAUCGCGAAUCGUAAGAAACCUCGAAGAAACAUUCCCCGAAUAGCUGCUCCGGCCGGUCUGCGGAGAGCUGCGGUCCGACGGCGCGCGGCGCCGCUAGUCGCUGUCCAGAAGUUGUUAGGCGCGCGGAAAUCGGCCGGACGUUCAUAAUGCCGUAUAUUGUUAUAAUAUACGGGUGUAACGGCGCGACGCGGAUUGUUCGGAUAGUUUGGACCUUUGCGAAUAUAUAUUAUAACGCGCGGCGCAGUGCAUUAUAACGUAGUUAUUGGCUCGUCUCGGCGGCGUAAUUACGAGAGUUCGGGGACGGGAUCGCCCGGCGGAGGAAUGCGGCUGCCACUGUGUGCGAUGCGGCGGGAAAUCAUCGCCCUUUCGUUGGCCGCCGCCGGUGUGUUUGGGUCUUCGGCGAGCGGUGUCUGGGGAAAGGGUCGCGGAGGUUAAUUUAGACAGACGAUGCCCGCGCGCGAACUCAAAGGGCGCGGGAGCGUUGUGCAGCGAUAAUACGUCCGACCGCGAGGAGCCGCGCGCCGACUGCGCCGAUAAGUCGUCUUUUGCGGACGUCAUUGAACGCCGUAAUAUAUAUAUGAUAUCUACACGUAUAUGCGUACAAUAACGUGGCGUAGAUCACGAGAAACACGUAUUUCGGACUCGCGGGGUAACGGCUGCGGCUCCUUUGUACACGGGCCGGGGCUGAGACGCUAAUGAAGACGAAACGCGGAGAGCGAGAGAGAGAGCGAGAGAGAGGCGGAGAGAGUGACGCGACGAGUGUAUCACAAUAAUACUCGCCGGUUAUUAACCGGGUUCGGGUUGUAGUAAUAAUAAUAAUAAUAAUAAUAAUAAUAAUAAUAAUAUCAUGACGGGAAUAUUCCGCUGCUGCGGGGAGACACUUCAAAGCCGAAACAUCGGCCCGGCUCUGUAUGCGGUGCACCGAAUACAGAAGAGUAGGUACUGCGGGCGGUUCACGCGCGGUCUCUGCAGUGUACAUUUCCCCGUUAUUACAAUAUAAAUAUUAUCCGGCAAUAAUAUUCGGAUACCUCCCCUGGCCGCCCCGUUGCGGUUUCGACGUUUACCGCCGCAUCGUAAUUAUUAUACUGCAGGGUACCCGACGCCGCCGCCGCGCGGGAUUUUCCACGUCCCGCGUUCUACGCGCCCGGGAACGCAUCGAAAUUGCCGGAAUCCCGUUUACCCGCGAUUAAGUAUACACUAAUAUUAAAUUUUCGGUUAUCUUUUUGCCAAUAUCGGACGGACGAUACGUGUUGUUCCCGCGGGUCCUAUACAAGUUAGGUACAUCGAAAUGAGAAGUAUGGGAAAAGUGGUACAUUCCCACGGCGCCGAAUCCCAUUUUGCCGACAACGCUUUCUUUUGCUAAUACUCGUGACGUACGUUGCUUGAAGUACAUCUACUCACGACUCCAAUCCACUAUAGCUCAUGUUAAAACAACUUGUUUUCGACGUCUUUUUUGCGGGGAUUACACUAGUUCUCUUAAAUUGUCAAUCUGCCAGAAUUAAAUUAGUAUUGUUAGAGUUCGAUUAGAACCCUUUGAAAAAAGUGAUAAAAUUUAAACCUCUCCAAGCGAUUAAAACACAGAAGAAAUAACCACUAUCCCGAAAUUAUCUUCUGGUACCGUAGAUAUUCGUACGAGAUGUGCAUGCCUACAAAAAUCUGUUUAUGAUAAUACCUAUAUUACCCAAAGUAAUUGUUGUGAUUACUGAAAAUCGUAAUUGUAUACAUUAUAUUGUUAUAGUAAACGUUUAUAACAGAUAUUUCGUUUUGUUUUUUUUUUCCAGGACCACAACCCCAGAACUUCUUCAGUUUCUGGUAAAAGAAUAA